AUGGUAAUAUCUAGGCGAGAAAAUCACGAGGAAAAUUUAGAAGUUGAGAAUUAUAAAUUUGAAAGAGUGCAAAAUUUUAUAUACCUGGGUGUUACAAUAAAUAGCAAAAAUAAUAAUCAUGAUGAAAUUAAAAUAAGACUAACUGCAGCAAAUAAAUGCUAUUAUGGGAUAACGAGUAUUCUGUGUGAAACAUGGCCAACGACUAAAGGAGACGAAGACAAAUUAGCAAUACUCGAAAGAAGAAUAUUUGGGCCAAAAUUAAAUAACAUGACACGACAAUAUGAGAAAAGAAAUAAUAUAGAAAUACAACAAUUAUAUAAAGAGCCAGACAUAGUAGCAGUAUUAAAAAAUAGGAGAAUGGUAUGGGCCGGUCAUGUAUGGAGGUCAAAUGGUCUUAUGAAAGAGGUUUUAAAAUGGAAACCCCAGGGAAAAAGACCACUUGUCAGGUCGAAACAUAGGUGGAUUGACAAGGUGAAGAAUUUAGCAGAUAUUGGAAUACGAGAUGGAGAAACAAUCAAUAGCACAGGACAGAGACAGAUGGAAGCAAGUUUGUGUUGCGGUAAUGGGCCUCAAUGGCCUUUAAAUACCAAUGAAGAAGAAGAAAAAUAA